CUGAUUUUCUUUGUUAAACAAGUAUUCAAUACAGUCCUCUAAACUUAAAAUUAUAUGUUCCUUUUCCCAAAAAAUUAAAAACCCAGUUGCAGGAAUUGAGGUGGCUAUUUUAUCCUGCUAUUAGAAAAAAGAUAUGAACAUAAAAAGAAAAGAGGAAAUAUGUAAUCCCUUGAGAGUAAGGAAGGGAAACUCUGAAGGGGCAGAAAUUAGGGGGAAGGGGCGACUAAGUGGCAUUCAUGCAGAGGAGGAGUUAAAUGACAGUCAGCAUGCUAUUGCUGCUGGUGUCAUGUCUUAUGUAAAUUUGUCUGCAUAGGAGAUGUACCUUAAGCGGAUUCUGUUUGAAAAUCUGAACAUUCUCGGCGCACAAUUUACAACAUAAACUUGUGUGUUAUUGUCUCUGUGCAUCAGUGUCACAUGGCUAACAUCAGUUCUGAGACUUCUGAUCGCUCGUAAACUCCAAGGUUUGUUAUAUCUUUAGAGAAAGUCAGUAAUUCUUUUCCCAAUAAUAGUAUAAAUCCUGUUAGAAAUAAUUGCUUCGUUCAGAAUUUUCUUGAUUUAGAAGUGUGUGUAUACAUAUAUAUAUAAUUAUGUAUGUUAUGUUAGACUGGUAGUAUUAUGUUUUGAGUACAUCCCUUUAGAAUAUUUAAAUCUUUUUAGUGUUUCCUUGGAUUGCAUAGCAAGCUUUAAGUAGUAGCAGCAAAAACUUUUGUGCAAGCCUGCAAGGUAUCAGUAAUCAUGGUGGAGAUAUAUGAGGAGUUGAUGGAUACUUUGAGCAGCGGAGAAAUGUCAGAGGAAAGUGACGCAGAAGACAUAAGCUAUGCAGAGCUUAAGAGACGUAUGUGGAAGGAUAAGAUGCGCAUGAAGAAGCUCAUAGCAACAAAGAAUGCAUCAAAGGCGGUAACAGAAACCUAUAAGCUUGCGGGGACAUCAACCGUUGACAACUUAACAGUAGCAGCAACAGCAAGCAGAGAGGAAAAAUCAAGAAGAAAGAAGAUGCUGAGAUCCCAAGAUGCCAUCUUAAAGUACAUGGUGAAAGUCAUGGAAGUCUGCAAAGCCCAAGGCUUUGUGUAUGGUAUCAUCCCGGAGAAAGGGAAGCCUGUGACGGGAUCCUCUGACAGUCUGCGAGAGUGGUGGAGGGGAUCCGUUAAGUUUGAACAAAGUGCACCCCAAGCAUUGCAGCACUUGAUUGUUCCUGCAAUCCUAGGAUGUGCAGGUGCAGUUAAUGGUGAAAACUCUGCCUCCACCUUGCAUAUGUUGCAGGAGCUUCAAGAUACUACUCUAGGGUCCCUCUUAUCUGCACUCAUGCAGCACUGUAUCCCUCCUCAGAGAAGGUUUCCACUUGAGAGGGGUUUACACCCUCCAUGGUGGCCUACAGGAGAUGAGGUUUGGUGGGGACAGCAAGGGGUUCUGGCGGUGGAGCACGGCCCACCACCUUACAAGAAGCCUCAUGAUCUUAAGAAGGCGUGGAAGGUGAGUGUUUUAUGUGCGGUGAUCAAGCACAUGUCCCCUGACUUGAACCGAAUGAUGCGUCUGGUCAAGAAGUCCAAGUGCCUGCAGGCUAAGAUGACAGCUAAGGAUACAGCUACCUGGUCCAAGGUCGUAGAUCAAGAAGAGGCUCUCUUGCGGCUCACCCACCUUGGCAAAACAGGUAAAGACCAAGAUAGUGAUACUGAACAUCAACAAAACAAGAGGAAAGCGGAUGCUUUCGAUCAAGAUGUUGAAACAGAGAUGGCGUUGCAAUAUACUUGUGGAAACUUGGAGGGCCUACAAAACGAGGCAGGUUUGGGGUUAAUAGAGAAGCAUACUAGAAGUAAGCAUGGGCCUGAAUGCAAUUCUGUCGCCCAGAGUAGCAGUCUAGAAGCUAUAUAUGCACAACUAGCAGCAGAGUACCAUGAUUACCUUGACUUACAACACAGAACUGCUUCGUUACCAGUGAAUCUUCACUUGGCUGAUUCGAGUGUGAUGCCUAGCGACGAGACUUACAGGCACUGUCAUCCACAGCCACAAGUAUAUAGUGUAGUUGGAGAUCAAACACAAUAUUGGGAAACUGCUGUUGCAGAUCUGGGUUUGGAUGUAGCAUAUCAAGUACACAGGGGGAAUGUGGACCAUAAUCAUUGUCCCCUAGAAGAAGGCUUGAACCAACAAGUAGCAGUAGCAGCAACUUCUAUUUGGGAUCUACCAUAUCAGGAGCCUGAUGAUGAUUGAGAAUAAAGACUAUAUGAUCUCGUUUUUUCGUCCUUGUUUGUCAAAAUUAGUAAAUCCCCUCGUUAUUUAUAUCUUUUUUAAAGCAUAACUUGUAUACAAUGAUUAAGGUCAUAUGGCCGCUCAGUUGUCAUGGUUGAUAAUAUUCGUGCUUGAAACAAGUUUGAGAGUAUGUUAAAAAAACACAGGUGCUUUUCAUUGCGUGCUUGUUUAGAGUGUAAUAUAUACAAUCAGCAUAUUAUUUGCAAUGGCAUACUAUUUAUUGAUUCUGAA